ACAGCACCGACAUCAGCACACCUGGCUUGUUCUCAAGACCACCCACAUCAGCCCAUCGUAAAACUUAACGAGAGAACGGUAGCUAACCAGGUAUCUGUGGACGCCUCUACUCUCUGCUAUCCUGACGGUUGGUAUCGUCGGCCGUCUGGUGUUCCGAAGGCUUCUGCGUUUUGUCGCUUUGGUGGUUGUCGGAACUGACUGUCGACAAGAAAAUCCCACCUGCGCUUGGGCAUACGUGAUCGCUGGGAGAAAAGGCCUGACAUCGCCUCUGGCUUGCUCCCAAGCCCGGGCUAUCCAAGUCAAGCCGAGCUGUUGUCCGGCAGGCUUUUAAGAUUCCACUAUAAAUCCCAUGAAGUCAUUAUCUCAAAGCCCCUACUCAAGAGGACGUGUCUUCGGGACUUCUGUGGUAGCCGGCUCUCAUUCAUGCAGAGGUUGGCAGCUUUACAAGUUGUAAGUCCCGGUAUCAAGCCUGUGCGCAGAACGGCCCGGCCGCAGGUAGACUACUAUAGGCGCUACAGACUCCGAUCGUGGGACGAUCAUUAAGUCCAGAGGGCGGCUCUCCGCUAAUGACUGGGCCGGAUAGCGAGGUCACAAAUACCCCCACCUCACUGGAACAGCGCAGGUGAAAAACUGAUCGGGGAUCAGCAGCUUCUCGUUACAACGGACUUUCACGGACUAGAGCUACGCUUCCAACCAUGGCCAGGGGACUUUACAUCGCCGCCGUGUUGUUUCUACACGCUGCCGUGGCCAUUCAGUACUGGGAAAACCCUACCUUGGACUAUGAGAGACACAGCCCGUUUGGGGGCGAGGACACGUCGAGAAUGUGGCCCAAGGAAAUGCCGCAUAAUAUGCAGGGUUUGGACCUUUUCUCGGAAAUCUACGAGUCGCCGCCUCGCUUCAUGUUAGAACUGUACGAGCGGACGACCAAUGGGAUCUUGGACGACGAGUCCGCCAAGUUCUAUCUGAAGGGGAACACCGUCCGGAGUAUGAACCCCGGCAUACGAAGACUGGGCAAUGACGGCCAGAUCAUGUACCUGUUCAACUCGUCCUCCAUCCCGCGGACAGAGACCGUCAUCUCGGCGGAGAUCCGGUUCUUCCUCCCGCGGGCCCGGCUGCGGCAGUACGCGCGCACACCAAUCGAAGAGCCCGACUACUGGCAGGUGACGCUGUUGAGCAUUCCCCCCGCCGGCGGAGGCGCGUCCGCGACUACCCAGACGAGAAACAUCACCAUGUUCAGUUACGGGUGGCAGGUGGAGGACGUAGGGCGGGCGAUAAACUUGUCCCGGGAGCACCAGAGCCUCCUGGGGUUUAUCAUCACUUACCGGGGAGGCAGCGGCGUCCAGCCAAGACUCAGACGCCCGCGGCACCCGUCCUACCCCUUCCUGGUCGUCUUCGCCAACGAUUCCAACACCGACAUCACGGAAGAUGACGGCACCAACAUCCCCAUGUCCAACUCCCGCUCCGACGUCGCGCGGACGGACAACAGACGGAGAGCGGGAGCAGAGGUCGCUUCCCGAGGUCGUCGACCCCGCGCCAUCUUCGAUAACGAGAUUCCUGAAGACGACGGGGAGGACACGGAGAGGUACGACAGACGGAGCAUGAUGAAGGCGCUCAAGCCAAGAUCGAAGCAGCGCCGUAAAAAGAACCGCAGGCGCAACAGGGGCAGGAAACGCAAGCUCAUCCGCAUUCCCGUCGGGAACAGCGGCGACAGGAGUACGGACGAGGAGGACGACACGCAGGAGACACCUGUAGUGUGUUCCCGGCGACCCAUGCGAGUGGACUUCGCCGACAUCGGCUGGAGCGACUGGAUCAUUUCUCCCAAAGCGUUCGACGCCUACUACUGCGCCGGGACAUGUGACUUCCCCAUGUCGAAGGUGAUGAAACCUUCCAACCACGCCACCAUACAGAGCAUCAUGCGGACCGUGGGCAUCACGUCCGGCGUCCCGUCUCCCUGCUGCGUCCCUGACAAGCUGUCCUCACUCAGUAUCCUCUACUUCGACGAGAACAGAAACGUCGUGUUGAAGGUCUACCCCAACAUGUCGGUGGAGAGCUGCGCAUGUCGUUGAAAAAAAAAACACUGUUAAAUGUCUUUGAUAUAGAAUGAAUAAAACAAAAGUUGUAGCUACUUGUGGAGAAAGAAACCUCCAAACCGCGAGGACCUGUGCCGUGUGGACAGCAUUCUAUCGCCCAUAUUGUAAAUUAGAAGUACGUGUAAAUGUAUAUGAUGGUUGGAUUGGGAUAUGAUAGUUACCAUUAGUAUAUUCGCGCAACAACGUGCGCUAGCACUAGCAUGUGUUUUCAUGGACGAGUCUUUGGUGUUGACUGGAUAAGAGGAUACUUUUUAACUAAAGUUUAAAAGUGUAAAUAAUACCUUUCCCCGAGAACCCUCACAUGAUUUAAGUUGUUUGAUUGUUUUUUUAGUGUUAUAAAGUCUGUGUAGAGCACACAGAAUAUCGAGCGAAUGUAUGCACUUACGUAUAUGUGAGGGAAGAUUAUAUUUGCACUAUUUAUUUUUGUCACAUAUGUAUCUAGUCGAUAUAUCAAGGUUGCUGGAGAACGAUUUAUUGACAUUAGGAAGUAGUAGACCAACUUUUUUCACAAAAAUACCAGUCUGUUAAGUGAGUAGUUUGGGAAGUACCCAAACAAACUUCCGGAGACUUCUAACUUAGAAAAAACUUUGAAACUUACUCAUUUCUAUGGAUAUUUCUUGGCCAUUCCUAUACAUUGUGGCCACAAAAUAUCCAGUUCUGUUCGCAGCUCCAGUAGCUAUCAAUAGUCAAAAGUUGUUUCUUUAUAUGUUCGAACAUUAUCAAGUUGUAUGGUGAUUAUUACAGUUCCCAGGAGCUAUGGCACAAGCCAGCAGACUAGCCAGUUGAUUUAUCCCCAUCUUGCAUGGUAGUAACAAUUGCAAAUCACUUCACACGUUGAAAACAGUCUGUUUUGGAUUAUUCUAUUGGCGGCAUGUUACCUUAUCUCACAGAACUUUACUGAGCCAGCGCACCCGAUAAGACCCACCCUCUCUGCACUGAGGCGGCGAGCAACUAAAAAUUUCUUUAUUGGUUUGACGAAUUUCAUUAACAUCUGUGUAGUUUUGUUAUCUUCCAAAUCAUACCUUUACAUGAAGGAUCAUAUUCAAUGUGUAAAUUUCGGACUCCAGCCAGUGGAAAGAGGAGGGGUGAGGGCUUACACUGGUGACGUUUCAUUCAUCAAAAGGUCUAUUUAUAUACACACCUGUCUGUGGGAACGGGUGGUUCUUAUUCUGCAUCUUCUUCCUUUUCUGAGGUACUACUUGAAGAAAUGUGCUUGUGUUCUGCUGAUAUCUGGUACAUAUAUAUGAUAUAUAUAUAUAUUUAUUGCUAACAGCUGUGACGUUUACGUGUGUGAUAGGUGUGGUUUAUCUAUCCGUGGACACGCUCCGUACGUAAACCGACACGAAGAUGUCUCCCCCGGCGAUAGCGGUGUUCUUACUCCUCAAUAAGACUUAGAUUUGUAUGUUGCUACUGCCGUGGGUGAUAGUAGGUAACUGUAGAUGUGAUUUGGCAGAGCUCCAGCCAUGUGGUUUUCAAGUUGAGUACGUGUAAGUGAAUUGCCCAAUUGCUAACUCUCCUGCAUGAUGGAUGACUCUUGUAUAAACUAGAGGCAAAAACAAGACUGUCUUGUAUCA